UCUUCCUCUUAUUACCAAAAAAAAAAAAAAAAAAAAAAAAAAAAAAAAAAAGACGCCUCACUUUUGUCUUUCACAUCACGAAAGAAAGUGGGCACUGAUAUUCCAUCCCUUUUCCCACUCACACCAAAUGUCCACCACCACCACCGCAACUCCGCCACAGCCCCACCACACUUUCUGGUGUCAUGAAUGUGACAUGAGUGUCUUCCUCCUCCACCCACCCCCCACUAAUCCUCGUUGUCCUCACUGCCAUUCCGAUUUCCUCGAGCAAAUGGACUCUUUUACCCCUACCCUUGUUCCCCAAUUUCCAAAUCACCCUAACCCUAGCCAUAGCUCUGACACUUUCACUCCCUCUGACGACAACUUCCUCCUCAAUAGUCCUUAUCUCCAACGUCUUAUCCGCCAUCUGACCACCACUAACGACGUUCCCGCCAUUACCGCCAAUGCCAAUCAUCAAAACAGUUCGGCUUCCAGAUCAGCUGUGGAGGCACUUGAAGUUCUUCAAAUUAGCUCUUCCAUGCUUGAGAAUGAUCCGGUUAUUCCUUGUGCCGUUUGCAAAGACCAGUUUUUACUGGACAUGCAAGUUAAAAUGUUGCCCUGCAAACACAUGUAUCAUUCUGAUUGCAUUUUACCAUGGUUAGAGUCGAACAAUUCCUGUCCAGUUUGUAGGUUUCGAUUACCCUCCGAGGAAGAUGAGGUUUGCCGUAGACGUCAGAAUUUUGCUGCGGCAAUGAGGUUGGAAGAGUUGAUGGGUGGUGAGCAAGAGGAUGUGUUUGGGUUUAGGCGUACGCUUAGACGCGUUGCGAGGAGGCAUCAGCUAGACAGGGAGGAUACGACUAGGGGUGACAGUUUGGAGUUUCUACUUUCGUCUACUCAGAUUGGCCAGGCGGGUCAAGGAAUUGGGGUUGUUACGAGAGCUAAUAGUGUUGAGACUGUAUCAAGUUGGCCCAAUUGGCCACUGGAAAGUGGCAGUGAAGAUGAAGUAGGUGAGAGUGGUAACAGACUUGGUGGUUAAGGGUAUAUUGUUGUCAGGUCUUCAAAUUGGCCUUCUUCUUUAAGCGGGCAGUGUUAAGGCAUAUGCGAUUUGGGAGUUUGUGCAUGUAAGGACUAAGGUUGUUGUUUGGCAGGGUAGAGUUCAACAGGUAUGCUUCUUCACAUUGGCUUUUCAUAGGUAAGUAAAGUUCAUUAUCCUUGUUAGUGUCUUCUUUGCGAUACUUCUUCCUCCUACCGGAAAAAAACAGCAUUGUCCCUUUGACUCGGUUUGUCCUUGGAUACCAUCAUGAGCACCUUUUCUGAUCAGUUGGUUAAAUGACGCUAUUAACAUUGUGGAUCUAAGGAAGUUGAAUUAUCCAUGACUGAAUAGCUGUCUCUUCUGUCGUUUACUCCUUGGGAGUCUCAGAAGGAGCAUUCUGCCUGUUUUGGGGACUGGUUGGAAAAGUGAGGUAAUGGUUGUCAGUCUUGUCGGGGCCUUCCAAAUUUUGGAUUAUUCCAUAGUACAAUAGUUUGCUUGAGUUGAUCCCUGAUGUCUUUAUUUCACGUGUUGCACGGAUCAGUUUGGCCAAAAUCUAAAAAUCAAUCAUGACAAUCUAAUCGAGCAUAUUGGGGAGACAUUGUUGAACACGGGUGCUCAAACAGAAUUGGCAUCUGGGGAUAUUAAAAUUAUCUUUUCAAUUUUUCUAUUCAAAAUUGUAUAUUACCAAGUUUGGAGCUUGGCUGGGGUGAUUGAAUUGCACUUCUCCACUUCUAGGCCUGUAUUAGGUUUGAGGCAUAGGUUUCUGCAUGGCUGCAUACUGCAGCAGCUGUAACGACUCUAACACGAAGUGCUGGAAACUUAUGUAGCUAAGUUGCAAACUUUUGACUUCUCCUUCCCAAAGAUAUCCAUGCCGUGAUAAUUCUCCAUUAAAAGAUUGGUGGGUUAAAGCGAAUAAUAGAAUGUUUACUCCCUAAAGGUAUAAAAAAUAAGCCAACGAAAUCAAAGAGAAUAUUGUUUAUUAGUAUUGUUAUGCAUUAAUUAUGUGGGUGAUCCUUUUAAGGGUUAAACCCUUUAGACUUUUGCCUGUGUUACCUUCUGUAAGAUCAUGUUUUAGGAAGGGAUUUUAUGGGUUAGUGGGACUUUGGAGAAUCAAAUAUGGAAGAUUUUGUUGGGUUCUAUUUGUUUUUGAUGUUUUAAAUGACAUUUUGUUUGAGCUGAAAUGUAUACCCGAGAUUUCUAUAUCACCAAAGCACUAAUUUUGUUUACCAUGUGGUGUUGAUUUUGACCCUUUUUUAAAAAAAAUUCAUUUUGCAGGUGCAGUAUAGUUGUUACUACUAAGUAGGAACAUCCAAGAGAAUAAUUUUGCUGUAGAUCGUGUGGAAAAUUUUAAAUCAUGAUGCAUGGUGUAAAUCAUGAUGCAUAACCAUGCUUCUGCCAAUAAUCAUACUAGCAAAUGUCAAAAUCUUGUCAUUUUUGUUCUGGCAAUAUCAUUUGUUGCUUGUCAAGAUAGUAGUCUAUUGUGAUACCACUACAAGCAUUAAUAACGUUCUCAAAUUUUGGUUUAAGCUGGUUAUGCAUUCCUUCUAGGGUGGGGGGCUUGUGUGCCCUUAUCUUUCUGGAUAAGUUGGUAAUGCUAUUCAAGUAUAGUAGUGAACUUUGAUUA